AUGGUUACCUAUCAAAUGACAGAUUAGAUGAUGCAUUGAAAAUUUAUUCUGAUUACAAGAAAUCUGGUUUAAAGAACUUUGAUAAUUUAGAAUUUGAAAAAACAGUUAAAAAACUAGAGUUGAAAAAUCUAUAG